AUGAAUCUAUUCAUCAGGAUCAAUAAAAUUUGGCCAUCAUUUCAUAUAUGUCUAUUCAUAUUGAUUUGGACUAUCUGGUCAUUCAUAUCGAUACAUGAUACAGCAGCAACAGCUGCAUCGACGACCAUCAUCAAUACAUCUUCAUCGUUGGUAAAUUGUCGCUGUGGUUUGAAACCAUGGAAAAAUCGUGAUACCGACAGUGAAGAACCAACGCGUGAUUGUUGUCAAUAUUUCAUUCAAUCAAGACAAGGAAAUUUUUCCGAUACAACAUUUCUAUGCCACAUUCAUAAUGAAUUAGUUUAUAAACGUUUCCAUAGUUGUUGUAUAACAUUAUUACAUAAUGCAUAUUGUUCACAAACACGAAUCAAAAGUGGAGCGGCAAACAAAAUUUCAUCAGAUAGACAAAGACAACGACGACGUUAUCGUUAUCGUCAUCAAUAACCAGUUUGAUUCAAAAAAGGCUCGAUCCAUAUGCAUUUUCUGAAUGAAUAUUUUCUUGAUUUCAAUUUUUCAAUAAAAAACACUACAAUAUAUUAUUUUCACAUCAAAAAAACAAAACAAAUAAUUUAGUGGAAAUGUCCAUCGAA